GUUUGUCCUCGGAAGCCCCACGCUCGCCUCUGACAGAGACCCUCAGCCACAGACACCGAGCGGCCCACCCGGUGACCACAUUCAACCUCAACCCGGACACGAGCCAGUUAGCUUCGGCGAAGCGCGAGCGUCAACCGGCCUGUGUUUCCCCCGCCGUCCGUUCUCAUUCCGCCGAAAAGAUGUCUAAAGACGCGGAGAAGAAGAGCGAGAAAAUCAUGGACAUGGAGAGCAAGGUGCUGUGGUACCCGGACUCCAAGAGGAACACACGGAUGGACACGUUUAGGAAGCAGGUCAACGGACGCUACGGACUUAACCUCGUCAACUACCAUGAGCUGUACCAGUGGUCGGUGGACUGUUAUCCAGAUUUCUGGGGAGAAGUGUGGCGCUUCUGCGGCGUAGUGAGCUCCAAGCCAUACGAAGAGGUUGUGGAUUUCACCAAGCGGAUCUCGGAUGUUCCGGAGUGGUUUAAAGGAGCUCGCCUCAACUACGCCGAGAACUUGCUCAAACAUGGAGACCAGGACAAAGUGGCUAUCUAUGCCGCAACCGAGGCAAACGACGAGAUCGUGAAGGUGACGUUCGGGGAGCUGAGGCGGGACGUGGCGUUGUUUGCUGCGGCCAUGAGGAAGAUGGGCCUCCAGACUGGAGACCGGGUCGUAGGCUACCUGCCCAAUGGUAUCCAUGCAGUGGAGGCCAUGUUAGCAGCAGCCAGCAUUGGAGCCAUUUGGAGCUCCACGUCGGUCGACUUUGGGGUCAACGGUGUCCUCGACAGGUUUUCUCAAAUCCAGCCCAAGCUGAUCUUUUCUGUUGCUGCUGUGGUUUACAACGGCAAAACACACGACCACAUGGAAAAGCUGACCAGCGUUGUCAAAGGUCUGCCCGACCUGAAGAAAGUAGUGGUGAUUCCCUACGCUCGCUCCAAACAGGACACUGACCUCUCCAAGAUACCCAACAGUGUACUGAUCGACGACUUCUUGGCAUCCGGCCGUGGCGAGGCUGACCAGCUUCCUCAGCUGGAGUUUGAGCAGCUACCUUUCAAUCAUCCUCUGUUCAUCAUGUACUCAUCUGGCACCACGGGGGCUCCAAAAUGCAUGGUCCACUCUGCUGGGGGCACGCUCAUCCAACAUUUGAAAGAACACAUCCUCCAUGGAAAUAUGACCAGCAGUGAUGUCAUCAUUUACUACACCACGACCGGCUGGAUGAUGUGGAACUGGCUGGUGUCUGCUCUGGCAGUGGGGGCCUCUGUGGUUUUAUAUGACGGUUCACCUCUGAUGCCCACAGCAAAUGUACUGUGGAACCUGACAGACCAGCUGGGCAUCACUAUCUUGGGUACCGGGGCCAAGUGGCUGUCGGUGCUGCAGGAGAGGAACCUGAAACCCGCGGAAACGCACAACCUCCAGUCGCUCCACACCAUCCUGUCGACCGGGUCUCCUCUCAAACCUCUGAGCUACGACUACGUCUACCGCUGCAUCAAGAGCAACGUGCUGCUGGGCUCCAUCUCAGGCGGCACCGACAUCGUGUCCUGUUUCAUGGGUCAGAACCCAACCGUUCCGGUGUAUCGGGGGGAGAUCCAAACAAGAAACCUGGGCAUUGCUGUGGAAGCCUGGGGCCUCGACGGUAAGCCCGUGUGGGGAGAGAGCGGCGAGCUCGUCUGCUUGAAGCCGAUCCCCUGCCAGCCAACGCACUUCUGGAACGACGACAACGGGAGCAAAUACCACAAAGCCUACUUUUCUGCAUAUCCUGGGGUGUGGGCUCACGGGGAUUACUGCAAAAUCAACCCAAAGACGGGAGGCGUCGUCAUGCUGGGCAGAAGUGACGGCACGCUGAACCCCAACGGAGUGCGAUUUGGCAGCUCAGAGAUCUACAACAUCGUGGAGGCGUUUGAGGAGGUGACGGACAGCCUCUGCGUGCCCCAGUACAACGCCGACGGAGAAGAGCGAGUCAUUUUGUUCCUGAAGAUGGCACCUGGCAGCCCGUUCCAUUCGGACUUGGUUGCCAAGAUAAAAGGAGCCAUUCGGAAAGCGCUGUCGGCCAAACACAUCCCCGCUCUGCUGCUGGAGACCAGAGACAUUCCAUACACCAUCAGCGGCAAGAAGGUGGAGGUGGCUGUGAAGCAGGUGAUUGCCGGACGGGAGGUGGCGCAGAGAGGUGCCUUCUCCAACCCCGACUCGCUGGAUCUCUACAAGAACAUUCCCGAACUGCAGAACUAUUAGAGACGAGGCGUCGCCCAGCUGGACGACACCCGCGAAGGAGAGACCACCGGACCAGGAUUCCACUUCAUUCAAAUUCACAGCAGCAGGGAGAUAGUUUACAAAAGGCCCUCCGGCUUCCCACGUGGUAUAAGGAGAGAAAAUAAUGGUACAAAUAAUACGUCUGAACGCGAGCUGUGCUGCCGCUCUUCUGACGUCGUGCAGGUAAACGUGUGGUGCUGUGGGUGUAAUUCCGUGCACACGCCACCAUCCGUGCGGAAGCUCGUGCUCCGAAGCCGCCAAAUAAUAGAGCGUUGUAAUUUAUGGUCGCUUAGCUUUGCCUUCGCGUGGUGGUGGUGGUGGUGGUGGCGGCGCUCGGCCAGCGAGGAGCCGUAUCUCUCUCUGCUUCACCUGCUUUAACCCCACUGAUGGUUCUGACCGGGUCCCAGCCGGGCAACACCUCAGCUUUAGCUCAUACCACCAUGUCAUUGUAAUGUGGUGCAUAUUGCUUUAACAAAUGUGUAUGUAUAUGAAUAUAUAUAUAUUGGCCCGUGAUAUAAUGAUAAAAUUAUCAUUGUUCUUUAGAAGAUAGUGACCCAGACCUGUUGACCAAAGUAGGUGUCCGGAGUCAGAGGGUCACGUCGCCUCAGAAUUGUAGUUUGAAUCUAUAAACUAGGGGUUUCCGGGUAAAACUAAACCUACUGAUCUUUUCUCAAGCUCCAAAGGUUAUUGAUCUCUGUGCUAAUACGUGUUCCAAUCCUGUCAGUGAUUUGACUCUGUAACAAUUGAAUCUUGUUUCAUUCCGCCUUAAGACAUAACGGCGUGGAUGGAUGAAAUCACAUUGGCCCUCGUUUGUAAAGGUCAGGUCAGCCAAGGUCAUGUGCGAUCUGAAAGUGAGCAAAGGUUUAUUUCACCACAAAAGCCUGUAUUUACUCGUCCCGUCGCUCUGUUGCAUGUCUGUCAAAACUGAGAACUGUGUUUUCCUGAUAACUACGGUGCAGCCUGUUUUUGCUUUGUAGAAGGGAAAGCUGCAUUAUUUAUACAAGGGAGCCUGAUGCUUGUGGCAAAGCCUAAAGUUGGACUCGUGCUAUUAAAGUUGAACUGUAGUGGUUCGGGUCACAAGGAGCCCAACAAUAACGAAAAUAACCUUUCAUUUCCCAACAGGAAAUUUUGUUUAAUUUCCUGUUGGGAGCCUUUGAUCUUUGGGGGGAAAAGGAAGCUUGAGGAAGCAUUUUAUAUUGACACAGGGAAACGUAUUUCUAACUGGACGGGCUUUUUUUUCAGUCUUGUUGACUUAUUUUGAUACGUAUAAAGGUAUGAAUGUGAAAUGCAGUUCAUCUUUAAUAUUAUUUUCACAGAUUUAAUUAAUGUCCUUUUCAAAGGUUUUCACCAAUAGCAGCUUGGGAUACAUAUUCCUUCAAAUGGUGUCACACUAUUGUACUGAUUGGCAGUAAUUUAAAUCAGCUCAACUAAUGCUGAGAGAUUAUUUUUUCUACAGACUUCUGUAUGCAUAAACUGUUGCUUUGGGUAAGAAGACUAAGAGGGCUGCUUUUUUUUUUUUUUUUUUUUAAAUGAUGCAAAGGCUCUUUCUGAUGGAGAAAAUGACCAUAUUGUCCAUCCAGCACUUUAGUACUGUCUACUGUACGAGGUCAUAAUGAAUUCUGGGUAAAAUGGCAAACGUACUCUUUAGUUCUGCGGUGCGCAUGCAGCUCAGGCCGCGCAAACAUAAUGCUGCGUGUGUCGCAUGUAAAUAACGUUGUUGUGUUUGCUUCCUUUCUGUGUGCAUUUAAGGAAUCUAUAAUGUCAUUUUUACUGUUUUUGGUGUUGCGAUAAAGUCUUGAGUCCGACGUGA